CAAGUUUAAUUUAAGUUGAAAACAUGGUGUGCUAGAUUCCAGGGCCUUCUUUCAAGCUUAUUAGAACAUGUGGAAUAACAAGUUUCUUUGAAGAUGAUACAUUGCCUGAAGGUCAACCACCUUCAUUACAAGUCCUAUUAAUUAAGCAUGCAUGGUUGAAGCUCUACUCAAAUGGAAAAGAUAAAAAAAAAAGAGUGAGUGAAUAGCUUGUUUUAAUUUCAUCAAGAUGGGCUAUGAAGCAAAGUUGAUCAGAAGUUUCAGCAAUGUCGAACCGAAAAAGCUCGGUUUCGGACUUCUCUUCGCUUGUUUUAUGGUCUCCAUUGCCUACAUUUCAAUCACAAAGCCUUAUGAACAACUUCCAUUCUCUUCAAUAAGUUCUCGCUUAUCAUCGGUACGUAUUAAUCCGGUGAUCACAGUUUCGAUGACUUCCCGAGUAUUGGAUGAAGGGAGUGAGGAUGCUGCAAAUCAAACAGCAUUAGAUGUUAAAGAGAAGGAAAAUAUUAUAAGGUUGCAUCAAAGCUCAGCUCAAAAUCAUUCAGAUGGGAGGCAAGAGGAGUUCAUCAAUUGCAAUGUUUCAGAUCAAAGAUCAAAUACAUGUGAAAUGAAUGGUAAUAUAAGAAUCCAUGGCAUUUCUUCUUCAGUAGAACUUUUGAUUUCAGACACAGCUAAAACAAACCAGUCAUGGAGGAUAAAACCAUAUGCUCGGAAAAAAGACAAUGUAGCAAUGGCUAACGUCAGAGAAGUGAGCUUGAAGACAUCACUCAAUGAUCGAAAACUUCUUCGAUGCGAUAUAAACCACACGGCUCCGGCGAUCGUCUUCUCCAUCGGAGGCUACACUGGAAAUUUUUUUCAUGACUUCACUGAUGUGCUAGUCCCUCUCUUCCUCACUUCACACCACUUCAAUGGAGAAGUUCACUUCCUAGUAACUAACAUGCGUUCAUGGUGGAUCAACAAGUAUAGUCUAGUCUUCAAGAAACUAUCAAAGUAUCAAGUUAUCGAUUUCGACAAAGAUGAUAAACUCCGGUGCUUCCCGAAAGCCAUCGUCGGUCUCCGAAGCCACAAGGAACUAAGCAUAGACCCUAAAAGAUCUCCAAACAACUACACAAUGCUUGACUUCACAAAGUUCAUGAGAAGCACUUACUCACUUGAAAGAGAAACACCAAUCAAGUACUCAAUAAGAAAGCACAACAAGCCAAGGCUUUUGAUCAUAUGUAGGAGAAGAACAAGGAGGUUUACAAAUGUAAACAAGAUUACUAAAAUGGCAGAGAAGCUUGGGUUUGAGGUAGUGGUGGGUGAGGCUGAUUCAAGGACAAGCAUGGAAAAGUUUGCAUGGAUGGUGAACUCAUGUGAUGUGAUGAUGGGUGUGCAUGGAGCUGGUCUUACAAACCUUGUUUUCCUUCCAACAAAUGCAAUACUUAUCCAAGUUGUUCCAUGGGGGAACUUGGAUUGGAUAAGUAGAAGUUACUUCAAGGAACCAGCCAUGGAUAUGAAGUUAAGGUAUUUGGAAUAUAGGAUAAGUGAAGAAGAGAGUACUCUAAUGGAGGUAUACCCAAAAGAUCAUCCUGUUUUUAAGGACUCUUUUUCAAUACAUAAACUUGGAUGGAAUGCUAUCAAGGACGUGUUUUUAGACAAGCAAGAUGUUAAGCUUAAUGUGAGAAGAUUUAGAGGUGUUUUAGUUAAAGCUCUUAAGCUUCUCCAUUCAUGAAGUUUAAGUUAAAAAAAUGGAUGUAUUAACUUAUUGUAUUUUAUUUUAUUUUUAUUAUGAAAUAUAUCAAAAAGAGUUG